AUGUUGUCUCUGGCAGAAGUGUGUUUGUGUUGCCCUGCCGUGCGUGGUGUGCCCGAGUCCACUUCCUCUGGCCGCCACAAAACCUGUUGCUCUUCCACCAUGGACUUUUCUUGGGAAGCAAAGAAGAAGAAGUGUGGGUGCUGGGGGAAUUAUAGGCAGGAAGGUGGCAGCUACUCAAUGCGGCGGUGUGGCUGUGCCUCGGCAAUUUUUUCUUUGGAAGUUGGUGACAUGAUGGCAGGUGGAGCCGUGGGCAAUGGAGUGUCGUGGCGAUCAUUUGCACGUGGCCGACCGUACACGCCUUUGGGCACCGUUCAGGACUUCACGGCAUCACCGCAUCACAUACGUCUUGCUGAGAUGCAGCGCGAACUGGACGAAAUGAGCGGUCGUUCACCGACGCACCUCUACGAGGGGCCAACUGUCACCACUGCGCAGGGCCCUCGGCCUCUCUUCGAGGCUGACUUGCGGGAUGAUCCUGCAAAUGACAACAUGCCGGAGCACUUCGUUGCCGCACGUCAACGUCUGAUGACUUUGCAGAGUGACAGUUACGGGGAGUCCAUUCGCGGUGUUGUCUCCCCGCCCCCACCGCCGGAUGCGAACGCCCCUCGAGCAUAUGAGCAGCCCCGAGUGCAGCUGGGCAAUAUUUGGUGGACGGCUAUGACAUUAAUAAUAGUAUCGUUCUUUCUUAUGGCUAGGUUUGGUCGCUAG